AUGGCUCCGCGAAGCCGACACUCCAAAUCCGCAAGCGUUGGCUCGGUCGAUGCUGAUGGCACUGACUUAGUCAACGGCAUCAUGUUCCCACCCACGACUCCAUUCCCUGUGACGACCGUACCACGCAGCAAAAAGGCCUCGUCGCGUUCAACUACCUCUCCACUCGCCCAGCCUGUGGUGGUCAUCCCUGCAAAGCACACCGAGUCACAUCACCAUGAGAUCGAGAUCCUCAAGCUUGUCGGUGCAGUCAUACUGAGCACAGUGCUCGAAGGAGGCCUGCAAACAGCAGCAUCCUUCGUUGCAGCAGGCGAUGUGGCAGCAAUUUCGAAAUCGGCAAACAACUGGGUUGAAAUCGCAGGACUUCUUGCCUGGAAGAUCGCCAAACUGACUUUAUACUGGCUCGCUGGCUUUGAUGCUUACGAUGUCGGGUCAAUCACACUGCUCCUCUCUACGCCUCACACAAUCCUGCUUGGACUCUUCUACAAAAUCCACCCGAUAACCCUAGCAACAACGACCCUAUCCUCCAUCCUCGCCAAUUCGACGCCAUAUUUCUUUCUGCGCUCUCUCUCACCAGCCCACGCGCCUGGCUCCGCGCCCAAAUCGUCUCUUCGCAACCGUCCUAUCCUGACCGACCCAUACACAACCAUUGCCAUUUCCCUGCUCGCAACUGCCAUCUUCGCCGUUCUCGUGGAGGGAGCCCUUGCGACGUUCCUCCCCACUUGGCUGGUCACAAACUUUACGGGUCUGCGCACGCUUGAAAAAGCUCAUCUCGGCGCCGGAGGUCUACCAAUCCUUCUCGCCGCCCUGAUCCCUGCCGGCGCAGCCACCAUGGAGUUUCUCUUUGCGCCGCCCACGGCCGCCGGAAAUCACCCCAUCCCGCCACCGGAUUUUGAUCCCGUAACGGCGGACUUCCUCGAGCACCUCUUCCAUAAUGCCUGGGGCUGGUACUCGCCGAGACAGAAAUCUCUGAUCAGCCGGGCCGGCAUGUUGACCUAUUUGAUUGUCGUUGAGACGGUCAUUCUUACCUGGGGCACCAUGACCGGUGUCGAGUUUCUGGGCGCAUUGGGCUAUGCGGGUAUUUGGGGUGUAGGCGUAAUAUUGACUGCCGCGGCGCUGGAUUGGGUCGGUGGACCAAGCGAUUGA